AUGCGCCGACAAUCCUCCUUGGGUGGCUGGGACGAACAAUUGCUGGCGCGCAAGUCCUUCCGUGCCGCGCAGCCACAAUUAUUCCUCGACUUCAUCAGCACGUCGUUUCCAACCUUUUAUUUUCAUAACCUGUUCCGGUCUGGCGACACGCCCGGGUUCGCCGAAAAUCUCGUCAUGAAUUAUGGCCAAGACGCGUACCUCGACUCCGCCGUUUGCUGCCUGAGCUCCGUCUAUUUAGCACACUUGACUCAAGACAAGGCACUCCUCAAAAUAAGUCGACAAAUGUACUCCCAGUCGCUCAGGGAGGUUAUGCGAGCCAUCCCGAAAGCCGACCAUGCAAACUCUGACAACAUGCUCUGCACAUCCAUCGUCCUUAGUGUCUUCGAAAUGUUCGCGCAGACCGCACCCGACGCCUGGGUCGUGCACUCGGAGAGCGCAAAGCGACUAAUGAUAAGUCGAGGCCCAGCAGCGCACGAGUCCGGGUUCGGAAGAUACUGCUGGAUAGCAUUCCGCGGGUUCUUCAUCGCGACGGCCGUCUACCAAGGCGAGCCCUGCUUCCUAGACCAAGAAGAAUGGCAAUCCUACGCGACGAAAGUCAGGACCGAAGACUGCCAGAAGCCCGGCGAAUGGUCUGCAUACGGAGAAGUAUCCGACUUGAUCUUCAUGGAGAUCGCCAAAUGCCCGCGGUAUAUCAGCGAGACCCGGGAUCUCCUCUCAGUCCCGUACGAGGCUGACUCCACAUCCAUCGCGAACCUCAUCACGCGCAUAAGUGAUACUUCGCAGCGGCUGCGCUCGCUCGCCGCGGACCUCCGCUCAUGUAUCAGCGCGCACAGUGAGCGCCAGCAGGGUAUCGUCCAGCGACCCGGAUCCUUUGUGGGCCCCGUAGCAGAGAGCUUCCCGGACACCGCCCCGUCGCUGCUGCUCAAUGGAGCGGAGAAUAUGCUAGAGACGCUAGAGCAGCUCUCCGACCGUCUUGGUGACCGGUUGUGCUUCAGUUCUGUCGAGGUUUAUUCGCCCGAGUCGUCGGUCGUCACGCCGCCUAGCAGUGGUAGUGAAUAUUCUAUAUCCCCCUAUUCUGCGACGUCGAGGAGUUUCGCUCUUCCCUUUCGCAUCCAUUCAGAGCUUGGACAGGGUCUUUCUAAAAGCUCUGAUUCACAUGAUCACCGUGCUGUGAGUUGGUUGGAUCGCAUCGCGUCGUCGAUGGGUGUCCUCGGCGCAAAGGUCCUCCCGGGUGAUGAUCCAAGUACUUCAGUGCGGGUGGACAGCUCACCUCAAGUGUUUGAACUGCAAUAG